GCGGGCCCCAGUGGCGGUCUCCCGCGCUCGGGAGCCAGGUCAGCGGCGCGAUGAGGCGGAGCAAGGCGGACGUGGAGCGGUACAUCGCCUCGGUGCAGGGUUCCGCUCCGUCUCCUCGAGAGAAGUCAAUGAAAGGAUUCUAUUUUGCGAAGCUGUACUAUGAAGCUAAAGAAUACGAUCUUGCUAAAAAAUAUAUAUCCACAUAUAUUAAUGUGCAAGAGAGGGACCCCAAAGCUCACAGAUUUCUGGGCCUUCUUUAUGAAGUGGAAGAAAACACAGACAAAGCUGUUGAAUGUUAUAAGCGUUCAGUGGAAUUGAAUCCAACACAAAAAGAUCUUGUGUUGAAGAUUGCAGAAUUGCUUUGUAAAAAUGACAUUACUGAUGGAAAAGCAAAAUACUGGGUUGAAAGAGCAGCUAAACUUUUCCCAGGAAGUCCUGCAGUUUAUAAGCUAAAGGAGCAACUUUUAGAUUGUAAAGGUGAAGAUGGAUGGAAUAAAUUAUUUGACUUGAUUCAGUCAGAACUUUAUGCAAGACCUGAUGAUGUCCAUGUGAAUAUCCGACUAGUGGAGUUGUAUCGUUCAAAUAAAAGAUUGAAGGAUGCUGUGGCCCAUUGCCAUGAGGCAGAGAAGAACAUGACUUUGCGUUCAAGUUUAGAAUGGAAUUCAUGUGUUGUACAGACCCUUAAGGAAUAUCUGGAGUCUUUACAGUGUUCGGAUUCUGAUAAGAGUAACUGGCGAGCAACCAAUAAAGACUUACUUCGGGCCUAUGCCAACCUUAUGCUUCUUACACUUUCCACCAGAGAUGUACAGGAAAGUAGAGAACUACUGGAAAGAUUUGAUAGUGCUCUUCGGUCUGUGAAAUCAUCUGUGGGUGGAAAUGAUGAACUGUCAGCUACUUUCCUAGAAAUGAAAGGGCAUUUCUACAUGCAUGCUGGUUCUCUGCUUUUGAAGAUGGGUCAGCAUAGUGACAUCCAGUGGCGAGCCCUCUCUGAGCUGGCUGCAUUGUGCUAUCUCAUAGCCUUUCAGGUUCCAAGACCAAAGAUUAAAUUAAUAAAAGGAGAAGCUGGACAAAAUCUACUGGAAAUGAUGGCCCAUGAUCGUCUUAGCCAGUCAGGGCACAUGUUGCUCAACUUAAGUUGUGGCAAGCAAGAUUUUUUAAAGGAGGUUGUGGAAUCUUUUGCUAAUAAAAGUGGCCAGUCUGCUCUGUAUGAUGCUCUGUUUUCUAGCCAGUCACCUAAGGACAAAUCUUUCCUUGGCACUGAUGAUAUUAGAAACAUUGAUGCACAAGUACCGGAGCCUGAUGACUUGGCUAGAUAUGAUAUUGGUGCCAUUCGCUCACAUAAUGGUAGUCUUCAACACCUUACCUGGCUUGGCUUACAGUGGAAUUCACUGCCUGCCUUACCAGCAAUUCGAAAAUGGCUAAAACAGCUUUUUCAUCAUUUGCCUCAGGAAACCUCAAGGCUUGAAACAAAUGCACCAGAAUCAAUAUGCAUUUUAGAUCUUGAAGUGUUUCUACUUGGAGUAAUAUAUACCAGCCACUUGCAAUUAAAGGAGAAGUGUAAUUCUCAUCAUAGCUCUUAUCAGCCACUGUGCUUGCCACUUCCUGUAUGCAAACAGCUAUGUACAGAAAGACAGAAAUCUUGGUGGGAUGCAGUUUGUACUUUAAUUUACAGAAAGGCAAUACCUGGAACCUCAGCAAAAUUACGACUUUUAGUUCAGCGUGAAAUAAACACUCUAAGGGGCCAGGAGAAACACGGCCUCCAACCUGCUCUGCUUGUGCAUUGGGCAAAAUGUCUUCAAAGAACGGGCAACAGUCUUAAUUCGUUUUAUGAUCAACGGGAAUACAUAGGCAGAAGUGUUCAUUAUUGGAAGAAAGUUUUGCCAUUGUUGAAGACAAUCAAAAAGAAAAACAGCAUCCCUGAGCCUAUUGAUCCUCUGUUUAAACAUUUUCAUAGUGCAGACAUUCAGGCAUCUGAAAUUGGUGAAUAUGAAGAAGAUGCACACAUAACUUUUGCUAUAUUGGAUGCAGUAAAUGGGAAUAUAGAAGAUGCUAUGACUGCUUUUGAAUCUAUUAAAAAUGUAAUUUCUUAUUGGAAUCUGGCACUGAUUUUUCACAGGAAAGCAGAAGACAUUGAAAAUGAUGCCCUUUCUCCCGAAGAGCAAGAAGAAUGCAAAAAUUACCUGAGAAAGACCAGGGACUACCUAAUAAAAAUUUUAGAUGACAGUGAUUCAAAUCUUUCUGUGGUCCAGAAAUUGCCUGUUCCCCUAGAAUCUGUCAAAGAGAUGCUUAACUCAGUUAUGCAGGAACUUGAAGACUAUAGUGAAGGAGGUACCCUUUAUAAAAAUGGUUGCCUGCGAAAUGCAGAUUCAGAAAUAAAACAUUCUACACCAUCACCUACCAAAUACUCUCUGUCUCCAACUAAAAGUUACAAGUAUUCUCCCAAAACACCACCUCGAUGGGCAGAAGAUCAAAAUUCUUUAUUGAAAAUGAUUUGCCAACAAGUAGAGGCCAUUAAGAAAGAAAUGCAGGAAUUGAGACUAAACAGCAGUAACUCUGCAUCCCCUCAUCGUUGGCCCACAGAGAAUUAUGGACCAGACUCAGUACCUGAUGGAUAUCAAGGGUCACAGACUUUUCAUGGCGCUCCCCUAACAGUUGCAACUACGGGCCCUUCAGUAUAUUAUAGUCAGUCACCAGCAUAUAAUUCCCAGUACCUCCUCAGACCAGCAUCUAAUGUUACUCCCACAAAGGGUCCAGUUUAUGGCAUGAAUAGACUUCCACCUCAACAGCAUAUUUAUGCCUAUUCACAGCAGAUGCACACACCACCAGUGCAAAGUUCAUCUGCUUGUAUGUUCUCUCAGGAGAUGUAUGGUCCUCCAUUGCGUUUUGAGUCUCCUGCAACAGGAAUUUUAUCACCUAGGGGUGAUGAUUACUUUAAUUAUAAUGUUCAACAGACAAGCACAAAUCCACCUUUGCCAGAACCAGGAUAUUUCACAAAACCUCCAGCUGUAGCUCAUGCUUCAAGAACAGCUGAGUCAAAGGUUAUGGAAUUUGGUAAAACUAAUUUUGUUCAGCCUAUGCCAGGUGAAGGCAUAAGACCACCCCUGACAACACCAGCGCAUACAGCACAGCCAACUCCUUUUAAAUUUAACUCAAAUUUCAAAUCAAAUGAUGGUGACUUCACAUUUUCUUCACCACAGGUUGUGACACAGCCUCCUUCUACAAAUUACAGUAAUAGUGAAAGCCUUUUGGGUCUCUUGACUUCAGAUAAACCUUUGCAAGGAGAUGGCUAUAGUGGACCAAAACCAGUUCCGGGUCAAACCAUUGGGCCUCGAAAUACAUUCAAUUUUGGAAAUAAAAAUGUGUCUGGAAUCUCAUUUACAGAAAACAUGGGUCCAAAUCAGCAAAAGAAUUCUAGUUUUCGUCGAAAUGAUGAUAUGUUUACAUUUCAUGGCCCAGGGAAAUCCAUAUUUGGAACACCAGCUCCAGACCUGGCAAAUAAAAGUCAUGAUACAGAUGGAGGAAGUGCCCAUGGUGAUGAUGAUGAUGAUGGUCCUCAUUUUGAGCCUGUAGUUCCUCUUCCUGAUAAGAUCGAAGUAAAGACGGGUGAAGAAGAUGAAGAAGAAUUCUUUUGCAAUCGCGCAAAAUUGUUCCGUUUUGAUGUAGAAUCCAAGGAAUGGAAGGAACGUGGGAUAGGCAAUGUAAAAAUACUAAGGCAUAAAACAUCUGGUAAAAUUCGCCUUCUAAUGAGACGAGAACAAGUCUUGAAAAUCUGCGCAAAUCAUUACAUCAGCCCAGAUAUGAAACUGACACCAAAUGCCGGCUCAGACAGAUCUUUUGUAUGGCAUGCCCUUGAUUAUGCCGAUGAGUUGCCAAAACCAGAACAGCUUGCAAUUAGAUUCAAAACUCCUGAGGAAGCAUCACUAUUUAAGUGCAAAUUUGAAGAGGCUCAGGACAUUUUAAAAGCAUCUGGAACAAAUGCAGCCGUAACACCCAGUCACACUAUCAGAACUGUUAAAGAACCCACAAAUCAUGAUAAUAAGGAUAUUUGCAAAUCUGAUGCUGGAAACUCGAAUUUUGAUUUCCAAGUUACAAAGAAAGACGGGUCUUGGUGGCAUUGUAACAGCUGCUCAUUAAAGAAUGUUGCAACAGCUAAGAAAUGCAUAUCAUGCCAAAAUGUAAACUCAAGCAAUAAAGACCUCAUAGGUCCACCAUUAGUUGAAUGUGGUUAUGUUUCUAAAACUGGCCCAGAAAAUGUUCAAGAUAGACUUGCGUUAAUGACUCCAAAGAAAGAAGGCCACUGGGAUUGCAGUACAUGUUUAGUAAGAAAUGAGCCUACUGCAUCCAGGUGCAUUGCAUGUCAGAACACCAAGUCUGCUAACAAAAGUGGAUCUUCAUUUGCUCAAGCUUCUUUUAAAUUUGGGCAAGGAGAUCUUCCUAAGUCUGUUUUUUCUAAAAAAGAUGGACAGUGGGCUUGCAGUGUGUGCUCAGUACAAAAUGAAGGAAACUUUACAAAAUGUGUGGCUUGCCAAAAUCCAAAAAAACAAAAUCUACCUACUACUUCUGUUUCAUCACCUGCCUCUUUUAAGUUUGGUACUUCAGAUGUAAGUAAAACUUCUAAGAGUGGAUUUGAGGACAUGUUUGCUAAGAAGGAUGGACAGUGGGAUUGUAAUUCAUGCUCAGUCCGAAAUGAAGCAAAUGCUACAAAAUGUGUUGCUUGUCAGAAUCCUGUUAAACCAAAUCCAUCUACUACUGCUGUUCCUGCACCUGCCUCUUUCAAAUUUGGUACUUCAGAGAUAAGCAAGUUGACCAAGAAUGGAUUUGAAGGAAUGUUCACCAAGAAGGAAGGGCAGUGGGACUGUGGUGCUUGCUUUGUACAGAAUGAGAGUUCUUCUUUAAAAUGUGUGGCUUGUGAUUCCUCCAAGCCAUCUCACAAGCCUAUUGCAGAAGUAACUUCAGCUUUUACAGUGGGUUCAAAAACACAGAUAAAUGAGUCUGCUGGAAGUCAGGUGGGAACAGGAUUUAAAAGUAACUUUCCAGAAAAACCUUUUAAGUUUGGUAUUACAGAACAAGGAUUUAAAUUUGGACAUGUGGAUCAAGAAAAUCCAUCUUCAUUUACAUUUCAGGGUUCUUCUAAUACAGAAUUUAAGUCAAUAAAAGAAGGAUUUAGCUUUGCAAUCCCCAUGUCAGCUGAUGGGUUUAAAUUUGGCAUUCAGGAACAGGGAAAUCAAGAGCAAAAAAGUGAAGAGCAUCUUGAAAGUGAAGAGCAUCUUGAAAGUGAAGAACGUCAUGAAAGUGAGCCUGGAAACCAGGCUCAGGAUGUUAGUAGUCAGAAGAAUGACAAUGGUGUGAUUUUUGGUCAAACAAGUAGUACCUUUACCUUUGCGGAUCUUGCAAAAUCAACUUCAGGAGAAGGAUUUCAAUUUGGCAAGAAAGACCCUAAUUUCAAGGGAUUUUCAGGUGCAGGAGAAAAACUGUUCUCAUCACAAAGUAGUAAAAAGGCUGAGAAAGCAAACAGUUCGGAUAUUGAGAAAGAUGAUGAUGCUUAUAAGACUGAGGACAGUGAUGAUAUCCAUUUUGAACCAGUAGUUCAAAUGCCUGAAAAAGUGGAACUUGUAACAGGAGAAGAAGAUGAAAAAGUUUUGUAUUCACAACGGGUAAAAUUAUUUAGAUUUGAUGCUGAGAUAAGUCAGUGGAAAGAAAGGGGCUUGGGGAACUUAAAAAUUCUCAAAAAUGAAGUCAAUGGUAAGCUGAGAAUGUUGAUGCGAAGAGAGCAAGUACUAAAAGUCUGUGCUAAUCAUUGGAUAACCACCACGAUGAACUUGAAGCCUCUUUCUGGCUCAGAUAGAGCAUGGAUGUGGCUAGCUAGUGAUUUCUCUGAUGGUGAUGCCAAACUGGAGCAGCUGGCAGCAAAAUUUAAAACACCAGAAUUGGCUGAAGAAUUCAAGCAGAAAUUUGAGGAAUGCCAGCGACUUCUGUUAGAUAUUCCACUUCAAACUCCCCAUAAACUUGUAGAUACUGGCAGAGCUGCUAAGUUAAUACAGAGAGCUGAAGAAAUGAAGAGUGGACUGAAAGAUUUCAAAACAUUUUUGACAAAUGAUCAAGUAAAAGUCACUGAUGAUGAGAAUACCAGUUCAGGUGCAGAUGCCUCAAGUGCUUCAGACACAGUUAAGCCUGAAAACACUGGGCCUACCUUGGAAUGGGAUAACUAUGACUUAAGGGAGGAUGCUUUGGAUGACAGUGUAAGCAGUAGCUCAGUUCACGCAUCUCCAUUGGCAAAUAGCCCUGUAAGAAAAAACCUUUUCCGCUUUGGUGAGUCAACUGCAGGAUUUAAUUUUAGUUUUAAAUCUGCUUUGAGUCCAUCUAAGUCUCCUGCCAAAUUGAAUCAGAGUGGGACUUCAGUUGGCACUGAUGAGGAAUCUGAUGUUACUCAAGAAGAAGAACGUGAUGGGCAGUACUUUGAACCUGUUGUACCGUUACCUGAUCUAGUUGAAGUAUCCAGUGGUGAGGAAAAUGAACAAGUUGUUUUCAGUCACAGAGCAAAACUCUAUAGGUAUGAUAAAGAUGUCAGUCAGUGGAAAGAAAGGGGCAUUGGUGAUAUAAAGAUCUUACAGAAUUAUGAUAAUAAGCAAGUUCGUAUAGUAAUGAGACGAGACCAGGUGUUAAAACUUUGUGCCAAUCACAGAAUAACGCCAGACAUGACUUUGCAAAACAUGAAAGGAACAGAAAGAGUGUGGGUAUGGACUGCAUGUGAUUUUGCAGAUGGAGAAAGAAAAGUAGAACAUUUAGCCGUCCGUUUUAAACUACAGGAUGUUGCAGAUUCAUUUAAAAAAAUUUUUGAUGAAGCAAAAACAGCUCAAGAAAAAGAUUCGUUGAUAACACCUCACGUUUCCCAUUUGAGCACUCCUAGAGAGUCACCAUGUGGCAAGAUUGCAGUAGCUGUAUUAGAAGAAACCACAAGAGAGAGGACAGAUUUAACUCAGGGUGACGAUGUAGCUGAUGCAACUUCAGAAGUUGGGGAAAUGUCUAGUGCUUCUGAAACAACUCCAAAAGCAGUGGUUUCUCCUCCAAAGUUUGUGUUUGGCUCAGAGUCUGUUAAAAGCAUUUUCAGUAGUGAAAAAUCAAAGCCAUUUGCAUUUGGUAACAGUUCAGCCACUGGGUCUUUGUUUGGAUUUAGCUUUAAUGCACCUUUGAAAAGUAAUAGUGAAACUGUUUCAGUAAUCCAGAGUGGAUCUGAAAGAAAAGUGGACCCUAACAAAUGUGAAGUGCCACAGGACUCUGAUAUCAAACAGUCUUCAGAUGGCAAAGUCAAAAAUCUCUCUGGGUCCUUCCCAAAGGAAGAGUCUUCAACUAAUUUUACAUUUAAAACACCAGAAAAGGCAAAAGAGAAGAAACCUGAAGAUUCUCUCUCAGAUGAUGAUGUUCUCAUUGUAUAUGAAUUAACUCCAACUCCUGAGCAGAAAGCCCUGGCAAAGAAACUGCAACUUCCCCCAACUUUCUUCUGUUAUAAGAAUAAGCCAAAUUAUGUUAGUGAAGAAGAGGAGGAUGAUGAAGAUUUUGAAACAGCUGUUAAGAAACUUAAUGGAAAACUCUAUCUGGACAACUCAGAAAAAUGUAAGCUAUUGCAAGAAAAUCUAGCAGAUGAGAAAGAAUGUGUUAUUGUUUGGGAAAAGAAGCCAACAGUUGAAGAGAAGGCAAAAGCAGAUAUAUUAAAGCUUCCACCUACAUUUUUUUGCGGAGUUUACAGUGACACCGAUGAAGACAAUGGAAAUGCAGAAGACUUCCAAUCAGAACUUCAGAAAGUUAAAGAAGCUCAGAAAUCCCAGAGUGAGAAAACAACUGAUGAAACUGGUAAGGUGCAUACCAGCCAGACAGAAGUGACUACUCCUUUUUUCUAUAAGGCAAAAGAACUUGAUUCUACCACCAAACCUACAAACGAACUCCAGACAUCCCCUGCUUCUGGGACUGCAGACAAGCCUGUAGAUUUGUCUACUAGAAAGGAAACUGAUGCAAAAUCUACAAGCCAAGUUGAAAGUAAAACAGCUUUGUUUGGAUUUGGAAGUAGUACGGGGCUGUCAUUUGCAGACUUGGCCUCCAGUAACUCUGGAGAUUUUGCUUUUGGUCCUAAAGAUAAGAAUUUCCAGUGGGCAAAUACUGGAGCAACUGUGUUUGGAACACAGUCAGCCAGUAAAAGUGGUGAAGAGGAAGAUGGCAGUGAUGAAGAAGUAGUUCAUAAUGAAGAUAUCCACUUUGAACCAAUAGUCUCACUACCAGAGGUAGAAGUAAAAUCUGGAGAAGAAGAUGAAGAAAUUUUGUUUAAAGAAAGAGCCAAACUUUAUAGAUGGGAUCGAGAUGUCAGUCAGUGGAAGGAGCGAGGUGUUGGAGACAUAAAGAUUCUUUGGCAUACAAUAAAGAAUUAUUACCGGAUCCUAAUGAGAAGAGACCAGGUCUUUAAAGUGUGUGCAAACCAUGUUAUUACCAAAACAAUGGAAUUAAAACCCUUAAAUGUUUCAAAUAAUGCUUUAGUUUGGACUGCCUCAGAUUAUGCUGAUGGAGAAGCAAAAGUAGAACAGCUUGCAGUGAGAUUUAAAACAAAAGAGAUGGCUGAGUGUUUUAAGAAAAAGUUUGAAGAAUGUCAACAGAAUUUAUUAAAACUACAGAAGGAACAAGUAUCACUUGCAGCAGAGUUAUCAAAGGAGACCAAUCCUGUGGUUUUUUUUGAUGUUUGUGCGGAUGGUGAACCUCUAGGACGUAUUACCAUGGAAUUGUUUUCAAAUAUUGUUCCUCAAACUGCUGAGAACUUCAGAGUACUGUGCACUGGAGAGAAGGGCUUUGGUUUCAAGAACUCUAUUUUUCACCGAGUAAUUCCAGAAAAUUUUUGCCAAGGAGGAGAUAUCACCAAACAUGAUGGAACAGGAGGACAGUCCAUUUACGGAGAGAAAUUUGAAGAUGAAAACUUUAAUGUGAAACAUACUGGUCCUGGCUUACUGUCUAUGGCCAAUCGGGGCCCAAAUACCAAUAAUUCUCAAUUUUUUAUAACACUGAAGAAAGCAGAACAUUUGGACUGUAAGCAUGUAGUAUUUGGAUUUGUUAAGGAUGGCAUGGAUACUGUGAAAAGAAUUGAAUCAUUUGGUUCUCCUAAAGGGUCUGUUAGUCGGAGAAUUAUCAUCACCGAAUGUGGACAGCUAUAAAAUCAUUUUACAUAGUAAAUUUUCUAUAUUAACAGUUGAAUGGGAGCUUGGCUGUUAAAAUAUGGCAGUUAUGUUCAGCUUUUGAAAAUGGACAUUUCCAAUGUAUAAAUGUAAAAUUGCAGCUUAUAGCUGUUGUCACUUUUUAAUGUGUUAUAAUUGACCUUGCAUGGUGUGAAAUAAAAGUUUAAACACUGGUGUAUUUCAGGUGUACUUGUGUUUAUGUACUCCUGACAUAUCUGUAUUAGAAUUAAUAAUACUUAUUUUGUUAAAAGCAAUAGACCAUCCCAGACUAUUGAAGGAUUAUGAUAUAUGCAAUUUUAUUUUAAUUCUUAAGAUACUUGGAUUCCUGCAUGGAUAUUUUCCAUUUGAAUAAAGGGACCAUAAACCAGAUAAUUUUAUUUUAGAUCUGAAAUAUAUAUAUAUGUAUAUGGUAAUCUUACCUAUUCAUGUGCUCAUUUAUGCAUAUUCAUUUAUGAGUAGAGCCACAGAAGUAGAGUUAACCAAAGUGCUCUUCUGUAAUCUUUAUGCCUCCUGUAUAGUUGCAAAUUAACUUUGAAGUAGAAUACUGCCUUUUCUUAAAAAUAUGUAGCUUCUUGUGUCCUUUUUAAGGUAUUUUUACAUUUUAAACAAGUUGAUUAUUUCCUUCUCUAGCUUCUUUAGCUUCUUCCCUCCUUCUUUUUCCCUCCCUCCCCUCCCUUUCUCCCAGCCCCCAUGUCCUAUCUCUACUACCUCAGAAACUUCAGCAGCUUGGUCUUGAUUAUAGAAUUGAAGUUUUUUCCAGUUACUGUGAUAAAGUAUGACUAUUUUUAAAAGGUCUAUACCAUGUUCUUUGGUUGGUUAAAGAUUUGCUUUAUAUUAGAUUGUUGCAGUACACUUUUCUGGUGAAUUUUGUAGCAGAAAUAAAGUGGCAAUUGAUAACA